AUGGGGUAUCAGUUACGCCUGGUUCAGACGCCGUACUAUGGAGCGACACUGGCGCGACGUCUGAUUCAGACGGAGUACCGUGUGUCGAGCUUAAGUAAAGUUCGACAAAAGUUCGACAGACUCUGUCGAACUUUUGCCGCACCAAACUAAAACUGCCAUACCAAAUUGAUUCAGACACCGCUCUUUUGCCGUGACUCUUGGCUAUGCCGCCGAGUUCUGUCAGUAUUACCCUGAAAUGAAGAUAAUAGUUUGUGACUUGGAGUCAGCCUUGAUUUUAGCUCAUCACUUCCGACCAUCAGUUGAAGCUUGCCCAAAUCAAGCCAAUGUUUCCUUUGCGGUCGGCGAUUUCUUCAAACCUGACACCAUAUCAAAGGCUGAAUUGUAUGUGUUGUCUCAACACAUACACGGACUGACUACUAUUGGGCGGAAGUAA